AUGGAAGGUGAAUGCAAGGUACUACUGGACGCCACUGUCCCCACAGAAGCCAGGAGAGAAACAAUACGAGCCAAACCGAGCUCAAAGCAAACCACGGCCCUGCUGGUGUUCACACUCUGCCUUGCGGCUGCUGCUGCUGCUGUCCUCUUCUUCAACAGGCAUGCCAAGAGCCCAGGACACGAUGAAGACCAAUCUGAUCUUCAACGCACAUUGAGGCAGAUUUCAAAUGUGAGAGCGGCCAUUCAUUUAGAAGGACAAUACAACUCUACUAUGAAGACCUCGGCGGAAUGGAAGAAUGCGGUGGACCAGUCCCACUCUCAAGGAGGGCUGAAACUCAACAACAACCAAAUUGUGAUUCCUCAAAAUGGCCUCUACUUCGUUUACAGCCAAGUGUCGUUCCGGGUCAAGUGCAGCAGCAGCGAUACUGAUGAUGCCACCUUGCAGCCCAUUGUCCACGUGAGUCACACUGUGAAGCGCUGGUCCAGUUCAAUAGGGACUGUGGAACGGACCAUCCUGCACUCCAUCCGCAGUGUCUGCCAAACGAAAGCCAGCAGCAAUCCAGAUGAGGAGGGGAGCUGGUUCUCCUCUGUGUACAUGGGAGCUGUGUUCAACCUGAGGAUGGGGGACAGACUAAGGACGGUGAUGGAAGAGAAGAUGCUGCCGGGCCUGGAGGAGGAGUCGGGGAAGACAUUCUUUGGUGUGUUUGCGUUGUCAGGACAGCUGACUGACAUCUAGAGGGCUCCACUGUGAGGCCUAUAGCCAGUCUCUGCAACUUUCAGAAGAGACUUCACACCCAAACCUUUAGCAAGUCAUUUAAAGUGUUCAAGUAAACCAAGCUCAGUUAACUGUAGCAAUGGACAAGGAGAUCACUGUAAUGUAUUACCAUAGAUAUCUCUAUGGGUCUAUAAUGUUAUGUACUAUGUACUCGCCUUAGUGUCGAUACCUUUUGAUAUACUCUAUAUUUCUACAGAUGUAUUACAACUACUGCGUAUUUAUUGUGUUACUACAGGCUGACAGAAGAUUUUA